AUGUAUUCUACAGAUAUAUUAAAAAAAGGAGAGGAUGAUCUAAAACUACAAAAAGAAAGAGAGAAAGAGAUGAAACUAACAAUAGAAUACAACAAAAAUUCAAAAGCAUUGACAUAUGAGACAUCGACGAGUACACCCAUUGAUAUCAAAGAUUUGAUUACAAAGAUUGCUGUACUAUUCUCUAUCCCUCUCACACCAUCGAUAUCUCUCGAUUAUCAUCUUGCAACUAUUCCAAAUGGAACUGUUAUUGAUAAAAACAAUAUUGGUUUAAUUACAGAUGGAUGUGAAUUGUCAUUAAAGAGUACAACGAUCAGUAGCAGAGGAACUGCACCACCACAACAAACUGGAUUCUCUUUCAUCAAAGGUGAGAGAAGAGAAAGAUUAAAUAGUGUAGCUCAGAAUAGUUUCUUGGGUGGAUUUGGUACACAUCACAAUAAUACUGCUACUAAUAAUGCUGCCAAUACAUCACCAACUUCGACUAGUCCUUCUCCUUUAUCUGCUCCAUCAUCUCCCAUCCCAACACCAUCAUCACCACCACUUUCGUCAUCUGGUACAAUCCACAAUCCAUCUCUAUCACCAAGAUCACAAACUGUUGUCCAAGGACCAUCUUCUGCUGCCGCUGCACCAGCACUCAACCUAGGUGGAAGUAGCGGAAGUAUCCCAGUAUCAUCUUCAUCUCCAUCAUCAACUACCCCUGUCAUUGCAGGUGCCAGUGGUGGUGGAAGCAGUCAUUCACCAUCAUCUGCUAAUAUCAGCGGACCAACCAUCGACUCUAUCUUGUUAUCACUCAACGACUUGUCUUUAAAGAAAAAGGCUCUUUUCGAUUUAAAAGAAGUAUUAAAAGAUGACUCAAAUGUUAAAAAGUUUAUUGAAAAGGAUGGAUUUGUAUCGAUUGGUGAUCAACUGGGAGAGUUGACUGGAAAUACGUUGUCAUAUGCAUUGACAGCACUUCAAACUGCAAUGCAAUCGGAUGCAGGUGCCAAUACGGUCAAUGCAACUUUGAUAUCUAGGGUGUUACCAAUGUUGGAUCCCAACUCUAAUCCAAAUAUUCUAAAAUCCGUCCUAUCUAUUCUUACACUCUACUGUACUUUAAAUCGUGGUGGAUACCAAGAUUUAUGUGAUAACCAUUUCCCACGAUUCAAACUUCAAUCAUCAUCAACAUCACAACCACAACAACCAACAACCAUUCCAUUAACAUCAUCUGUAGAUAGUAAUGGAAGUGAUAAAGAGAAAUCAAACCCUUCAUCUAAACCAGUUAAUAUCUAUUCAGUAAUUGUUACAUUGUUAUCAUCAUCAACUGUAGAUAUUCAAUUAAAUGCAUUGGCAUUUAUCAAUUCAAUUGUAUCAAAGGCUAUUAGCAAGGAUCAAAAUCAAGCACGUUCUCUCAUUGAUGAAUUGGAUACCCUAGAUAUCAAUAAUAGACUUCGUAAGAUCUAUGAAGGAAUUGUAUCACAAGAAUUAAAAAAACAAGUGUAUUAUUAUCAAAAACAUAAAUUAAAUUUAAUGAAAAGUAGAAAGAGUAUAAUGUAUAGUAAAGAAUCACCAGAACAUGAAGCAUUGUUGAUGAAAUUAUGGACAACCACAUUCCCAGAUGUAAAAUUGGAGAGUAGAGUAUCGGAACAAUGGAAAAUACUUGGAUUCCAGGGAACCGAUCCAGCCACUGAUUUUAGAGGUAUGGGUAUUUUUGGUCUUGAAAAUUUGGUCUAUUUUGCAACUAGUCAUAGUGAACAAUUCAAAAAGAUUGUUCAAACCAACAUCGAAAGAAAAGAGAGAGAUUAUCCAGUUGCAGUUGCCGGUAUCAACUUGACUCAAAUGUUUUUAGAUCAAUUCAAAAUCAAUGAGGAUAGUAAUCCAGAAUAUCCAAUAUUCCCAGUUCUAUUUUCUCAUAAACAUGCUUUUGAAGAACUUUAUUGUAUUACUUUUAAUUUAUUAGAUACAACAUGGGAUACAAUGAAUGCAAGUUAUAUGGAUUUCCCAAAGGUACUUGCAACUGUUAGACAAUCUACCGUUACAGCAUUGGAUAAUAAACCAACUACACUGGAAGCAUUCAAUUGGGGACAACAAUAUGUUGGUGGAGCCAACAAGAAACAAAACCCUCAUUUUGAAAAGGAAGAAGACGAUCACUCACAAAGUGAAGAUAUCAAAAAACUCAAACAACAGAUCAAUACUGGCAUCAUGGACAUUAUGAAGAACCAAAAGGUCAGUAUCAUGCAAGAAGGAUUGUUCUUUAAAUUGCAACGUCCCAUCAAAGGUGGAAAGGUGAUUCAAACACACUUGUUUGUUAAAUUGUCAUCUGAUUGCCAGGAAUACCAAUAUGCAUUCAUUCCAGAUCCAUCCAAUCAAUCGCCUCCACUCGCAUCGACACCAUCUCAAUCUAGUAUACUAUCCACUUCAUCUUCACUAUCGAGUUCUGGCACUUCCAUUUCAAAUCCAUCUCAAUGUGCAGAUAAAUCUAUUCAAAUUACAAAUACUGUGAAAUUGAAUGAUAUUACAUUCAUUUCUUCAGAUGUAAAGAAAGAUCAACAACAAAAGAGAGACAACAAACAACAGAAUGAAAAGAAUAUCUCACAUUACUUUUCAAUUGUCAUUGCCAAAGAGACCACGGAAUUAUCAUCAAAUAGCAGGGACGACAUUGCCAACUUUAUUGAUUCUUGUAAAAUCUUAACAAACAAACCAACAGAGUGUGCUGAAACUAUCGAGGAAUUAAAAGUAUUGAUGGAUUUAAGCUUAAAGUUAAAACUAUUGGAAUUGGAAGGUUUACAUCAUCAUCAUCAUAAUCAAUCUAUCUACAUUAACUAG